CUUCCUUGCGCGACCGGACUUUUGGACUUUUUUUGAACUUUUUUUUUUUUUUUUUUUUUUGGAAAUUAAUAUUUUUUUGGGGGCCGGAUGUUCUUCGGAGGGGUCAUGCAGGCGCGCUACCUGCUGCUCGUCAUCCUGCUGCGCGCGACCACCACGGCGUCGUCGGGCGUGUUCGAGCUGAAGAUCGAGUCGUUGACUGGCACGAGCGCGCGCGCCUUCUGCGGGCCGUCGGGCGCGUGCCACCUCUUCUUCCGCGUGUGCCUCAAGCACGCGCAGGACGUCAUCGACCCCGAGCCGCCGUGCACGUACGGUGCCGCGCUCACCGAGAUCCUGCCCGCCGACCCGGUCCGGGUCGCCGGGAGCGCGCCGGUCCGGGUUCCCUUCCGUUUCAAGUGGCCGGGAACUUUCUCUCUGAUCCUGGAGGCCUGGUCCGCAGAGUCCCCCGAACUGAACUCCACAGAGAACCACAACAACCUGAUCAGUCGCCUGGCGACGCGGCGGCAACUGCGCGUGGGCGAGGAUUGGUCGCAGGACGUCCACUCGGGCGAGCGCGGCAGCGUGCGUUACUCGUACCGCGCCGUGUGCGACCAGCACUACCACGGCGACGCCUGCACCGACUACUGCCGCCCCCGAAACGACACCUUCGGGCACUUCAGCUGCCGGCGGGACGGGCGACGCCAGUGCCUGGACGGGUGGGCGGGCGACUACUGCACGCAGCCCAUCUGCGCCGCGGGCUGCAGCGCCGAGCACGGCUCCUGCGAGGCCCCCGGCGAGUGCGCCUGCCACCAGGGCUGGCGGGGCGACCUCUGCGACCAGUGCGCGCGACACCCCGGUUGUGUGCACGGAACCUGCCGCCAGCCGUGGCAGUGCGACUGCGAGGAAGGUUGGGGUGGACUCUACUGCGACCAGGACCUUAACUACUGCACCAACCACAAGCCGUGCCAGAACGGGGCGUCGUGCACCAACACGGGCCGGGGGAGCUACACCUGCGCCUGCAGGCCCGGAUUCAGCGGAAACAACUGCGAGCGGGAGAAGAACCCGUGCGACAGCGCCCCCUGCAGAAACGGAGGCAGCUGUAAGGACGCGGCGGACGGCUACGUGUGCGCGUGUCCUCUGGGCUUCUCCGGGCCCGACUGCGGGACCGGCGCCGACCUGACGUGCGCCGACGAGCCGUGCUUCAACCGCGGCGUGUGCGUGACGGCCGCGGGCGGCGGCGGCGGCGGCGGGUACACGUGCCGAUGCCCGCCCGGGUACGCCGGCUCCAACUGCGAGAUGAAGAACAACCGAUGCGGCGGCGAGCCCUGCGCCAACGGCGGCGAGUGCGUGGACUCGGGCGGCGUGCUGUGCCGCUGUCGUCCGGGCUUCGCGGGCCCUCGCUGCGAGACCAACGUGGACGACUGCGCCAGCAACCCCUGCCGCAACGCCGGCACUUGCGCGGACGGCGUGGCCGACUUCAAGUGCACGUGCACGCUGGGCUUCGAGGGCAAGGACUGCUCGCUGCGCGCCAGCCCCUGCGACCGCUUCCCGUGCCGCAACGGCGGCCGCUGCUUCGCCCACUUCUCCGGGCCCGUGUGCCAGUGCCCGUCCGGAUUCAUGGGGGCGCGCUGCGAGUACGCCGCAGAGCCCGAGUCGGCCGCGCCGUCCCCGCGGCCUCCCCGCGACCCCACCCCCGCGGCGCUGGCCGCCGCCUGCGUGCUGGGGACCUUCACGCUGGGCUUCCUGGCGGCCGGCGCCGUCUUCGUCCUGCGGCAGCUGCGGCGGGGCAGGGAGUUGGCGGCCAUGUCCGCGUCCGUCAAGAACGACCUGGAGGCGGUCAACAACCAAGCGGCGGCCAAGGAGAGCUUCCUCCUGCCCGGGGGGCACCUCAAAGUCUCCAAUAAGGACGCGGCGCUGAGCAGGGGCGGAGCCGACGGCGGGGCCGUCUUCAAAAACAAAAUGGCCACCGACUGCAACCUGACCAAGGAGCAACGCGACAAGUUUGACAGACCGGCGGCGGCGGCGGCGGCGGCGGCUCCUUCCUUGACUUUGCUUCAAGACGUCCGCUACCAGCCCGUCUUUGUCAUCCCCGAGCAGCUGGAGCGUCACGUCUAUGCUACUGAGGUUUGACCUCCUCUUUGGAGUUUUAGAUGACUGAAAUUUCAACUUUUUCUUUUUUUUUUUUUCUUUUCUUUAAACGUUGUUAAUCCAUUGCUGCUGUUUUUUUUUAUUUUUAAAUCCCCCCCCCCCGGAAAGAGGAAAAAGCAGCAGAGGAGAAAAGUGAAGACGGACAUCAUUUUGGCAUCAUUUGCACUUUUUUCAUCAUCUUUUCUGUCGGCCAUCAUAUUUGGAACCGCGACGGACGAGCGGCGAGGCUUUCGUGCCGCUGUUUGCCGUCGUCGUCUUUGGAUACCAAAAAAAUGUGCGUCGUGUCUUUUUCUGUGUGUUAAUUUAAGAGCAUACAAAUGUGUGGAGAGUUUUUAUUUAAUUUGUACAUAAACGUCUUGAUAUUUUUCUAUUUAACAGACCCGACCAAGAAAUAUAUUUUGCUAAAUAAAAGUCGAAAGCCACCUUUCUUUGUUUGCAUCUUUGAGUUGAACUUUUGCGCUUCCUCGCAUUCUUUCGCAGAAGUGGAAUUGUGGCUUCCCGUCCUCGCCGUUGAGCCCGUUUGCGCUCCGAGUCGCGAUAAAGCAGAAACUUCCUGACCGCUUAUCCACAUGAGACUCCAGCUUUCCUUUGCUUUUACUUUCGCUUCUCGCCCGUUUCACGCGUCGAGAGGAGGAAGCGCCCGCGCGCGCACCUGUCGUCACUUCGUCACCGCCUGCGACCUUUGACCCGCGGCCCGGCCCAAGCUUUUCCCGGCUCGUCUGCCGACAGCUGCGGAUCUGAUUUAUGAGUAUUGUUGUUCUCUCUCGUCUGUGCGUGAGAAGCCAGUUUAUAUACAGUGGAAGUCGAACACGUGUUCCA